AAAAAAAGAAAAAGGAAGUUUCGAUAAUGUUAGUCAUUUGAGAAAUAUCAUCGGCAAUAGUUAAUCAUCUAAUUUUAUCAUUGAAUAUUUUUUUUCAUAAAAAAAAAAAAAAAAAAAAAAAAAAAAAAAAAAUCCUCUCAUAUAUGGAAUAUUAUUAAUAAUAACCAGUUAUCAUUAUGUCAUAAUGUCAUAUAAAUUCAUAUUUGUAAUUAAUAAAAAUUAAUUUUUUAUGUGAACAUUAAAUAAUAUAAAUCUAUAACAAAAUGUCGAGCGAAAUGUCAAGUAAUCAAGAAAUAUCACAGAUAUUCAAUGAGGAGAAGGAAUUAUUAGAGAAUCAAUUAGUUGCAGCGUACAGAAAGAACCGACUGGAUCAUUAUAUGCAAUUAGAUAUUGAUUCAAGUCCAAGGCCAGUCAAGCUUACUGGUGUCAUGAUUACCAUGAGUAUAACAAAUUCUUAUCCAUUGGCAAUUGCGGAGAUCAUUAAUGCCGGUGCAAACAUUGUUCGUUUGAAUUUAUCGCAUCAAACGGAAAAAUGGCACGUUAUUACCGUAAGAUCAAUAAGAGAGGCGGGAAAUAUUCUUUACAAAUCUAUGCAUAAAAUAUGUCCUAUUGGUGUGGCAAUUGAUUUACAUGGUCCCGAGAUACGUACUGGAAAAUUUCGUGGCGAUUCAUCAUCCAUAGAUCGCGCCGUAUUCGUCGAAGGUAAUAUUGUACGUUUAUUGACGGACGGUAAAAUACAACGUGCGGGUACGUCCUCCUGUUUUUGGGUAUCAUAUCAAGAAUUAUCAAAUGUAUGUCACGUAGGAGAUACUAUUUCGAUCGAUCGUGGCGCUAUAAUGUUAAAAGUUAUUUGUGUCGGAAGCAAUGAAGUGAUAUGUAAGAUUUUAAAAGGUGGUAUUAUUGGAAAUGAAAAAACGGUUCAACUUUUGGACAAUAUUAUUUCGUUUCCAAUUAUUUCGAAACAGGAUAGCAAAGACAUUGAAUUUGCUUCUAAGGUUGAAUGCGAUUUUAUUAUUGUAAAUCAAGCACGUAACAGCAAAAUGAUAAGUUCUGUACGUGACGAAAUAAAGAGAAUAGGAAGUAAUUGGAUUAAAAUUUUGGCGAAGAUCUGUACGAGGCAGGGUUUACAAAAUUUCGAUGAAAUAUUGAAAGAAGCCGAUGGUAUUAUCUUUGAAAGAGAUGGUUUGGAACUUGAUAUUGGAAAAGAAAAAUUAUUUCUCGCGCAAAAAUCUAUAAUAGCUAAAUGUAACAGGAUCGGUAAACCCAUAGUUAUAAAUUUUCGUCCGAAACAUAACAAGACACCGAAAAUUAAUACAGAAUUAAUAGCAAUUGCUGUAUUAGACGGUGCGGAUACAAUUUGCUUAGCUACAGGAAAUUUGAACUUGAAAGAUACUUUACUACUUGUUAAAGAAAUUGAUACUGUGUGUAGAGAAGCGGAAAGUGCACGAUGGCAAAGAGAAAUUUUCUUAAAUACUUUUAAUAAUAUGAUGUCUAUACCAUUGAACGUAGUGCAUUCGAUUGCCAUUGGCGCCAUACAGACCUCCUUGAAUUGUAAUGCGGCCGCUAUCAUAAUCACAACUACGACCGGACGUAGCGCCGUCUUGCUCUCGAUUUAUCGACCACGAUGUCCCAUCGUAGCUGUUACGCGUUUUGGUUUUGUUGCCCGAUACUUAAAUAUCUAUUUUGCCGUACAUUCCGUUCAUUACAAUGCGUCACCUUUACCCAAUAGGCUAAAAGAUAUCGAUGUACGCGUGCGAGCUGGUUUGAAUUAUUUAAUAGAAAGAAAGUAUAUCAAACUUGGCGAUGCAAUAGUUGUAGUUGGCCCAUCGCGACAAGAUGGAGGAUUUAUUAACUCUAUUCGUGUGAUCUAUGCAUCUUUUGAUCUGAUCAGACCAUUCAUAAAAAAUUCAAUGAUGUCCCCUAACGAUAAAAGGAUAUCAAUGCGGUCGCAAUAAAGAGGAGAGAAGAAGAGGAAAGCGGUAGGAGGAAAGCAAAACGAACAAUAAACAAAUAAAAAAAAUAAAAAAAUAAAAAAAAAAAAAAGGAAAAUUAUUAAAAAAUCUUAUUACAAAAGACAACGAGAGAUUUCAAAACGAUCGUUACAUUUAAUUUAAAGGAAUGAAAAUAAACGUAAACAUUGAUAGACCAACGAGUUAGAUAAAAAAGAAAAUAGAAUUUACAUUGAGAAAGUCCUUUUCAUUGACAAAACAAUCUGCGGACGUUCAAUGAACAUAUGGUUACGUCGUUGUAAACGGCUAGCAAUGUACGUUAUCUAUGUUAUAACUGAUUAGGUUCUAUGGCUCAUAGAAUGAAGGACAAAGUUCAUGGAGGUAGAUAAAACCGAUCGGAGGUCGGUUUCUAGUUACAUAGAUACGUUCGAACUGCUAUCGGUAUCUUUUUGUCAUCUGUGAAACGAGUAACAAGGUGGAUUUUUGACGUCAUCAGGAUCAAGAUCUAAAAAAAAGAAGGAGUAAUACAAGUAUCGUUAGACGUAUAAUAACUUGGGUAAUAUCAAUGUCUAUUAAAUACAUAAAAUAUUAAUAAUAAUCAUUAAUUAA